AUGACUCAAUCUCAUUUGCCAAGAAUUGGUCCACGUUUUGCGUCGGUUGGGGGUGGCUACGAGGCUCUAUUGACAGCACCAACAAAGCAGCCAAAUUUGGUACCUCCUGAAGAACAAAGAAGAUGCAGUUCAGUGACGUGUAGCAGCACAGGGAGUAGUUACCUCGAGAGAAGGGGCUCUGCGAUGCCGGUGCCAUGUUUGCCGCUUCACCCUACGUUUUCGACGAAAUACGCUGCCCACGACGAACCCUGGGAUCUUUAUUAUCCUAUUGAUAUUCAGGUAAUUCAACCAACCCCGGAGCUUUCUCCAUGCACAAGCGAAGCAGGUCUUUACGCGAACGAAAUGAUGAUCACAGGAACUAGCGGCAAAAGAGCACCAUUGGCUUCCAUGGGCAGUGUCGAUCCCCCGGAACCAGACUCGAGUUUCAACAACUCGAGGUCUCUUGGUUCCGACUCGGUCUUCCUAAGAAACGACGAGCAAGAGGAGUGUGUCGAUACAGAGGACGAAGUGUCUGGGUUCUCGACCGACUCUGAAGCACCCGGGCCAAGUUGUCGACGGUUUCUUCGGGUACCCUCGAGAAAGAAGAAAACGGUCGAGAAAUGGGAUGGUUGUGCUGGAUGUGUCCCUAGACGGCGGCCUGGAGGCAAACCUUGUCAAGCUUGUCGUAGUAUUAGUGCAGCUGUUGAAACAUCUAGGUCUCAGGCAGUCUCUACAAGCACCAGUAGCCAGAGCAGCCUUGGUUCUCCACCGUGUUCUCCAGUCAUCGAGCUCAGACACAGGCCACCACCGGCACCGUUACCAUCGAAUCCACCGGUUUGGUCGCAAGAAACACUCUUCUAG